GCGGGUGUUAGCCGACCCAAAAAAGCUAAUUCAUCUGCUACUACUAUAUCUGCCAAUGUUAAUUCAAUUCUCAUGCUUAAUGGGACAAACUUCAAGGAUUGGAAAGAGAAUAUAUUGAUUGCUCUUGGUUGCAUGGAUCUUGACCUUGCACUUUGGAUUGAGGAACCCACUCCUCUUACGAAAGAAAGUUCUCCUGAUGAAAAGGAAAACUUUGAGAAGUGGGAUUGCUCAAAUCGCAUAAGUCUAAUGAUCAUUAAAUGCGGCAUUUCGAAAGCCUUUAGAGGUGAAUAUAAAGGCAGAGGAAGCAUACGAGAAUACAUCAUGGAGAUGUCUCACAAUGCUUCUAAACUUAAAGGACUAAAGUUUGAGUUGUCUGAUGACUUGCUUGUACAUUUGGUAUUGAUUUCGCUUCUUGUACAAUUCAGUCAAUUUAAGGUCAGUCAUAACUGGCAAACGGAGAAAUGGUCUCUAAAUGAGCUUAUUUCAUAUUGUGUGCAAGAGGAAGAAAGGUUGAAGCAAGAAAGAACUGAAAGUGCUCACUUAGCAAGAACUUCUAAGGAUAAGGGCAAGAAAAAGAAGAAGGAAUAUGAAGCUGCUCCUAAGGGUCCAACAUAA